AUGCACUUCCAAAGGAUCACUCUGGGAGCAGCACUUCUCUGCACAGUGGCUGCUAUCCCGUGUUCGGAACUCGGGUUUGUGGCAAGUGAAACUGAUCUCAUGCAAGGCAUCGUUGAUUCCCCCUACGAUCCAUUCGAUCCACAAGGACGUUGGGAGGUUGUGAAGGCCAAUGACUGUUUGGUUCGCUUCCAUACCUACGAUGCAGGUCAAGACCCUCACAGCGCUAGAGUCACUGAGACCAGAUGGGCCGCGACCCCCAGCGCAGUUCGUCACACAAUGAACCACUACGGGGGAAGCCCUGGUAACAUUAUGCUUUGGCUGCCUUUGACCUCGAAAGCCUUUCAAUAUGCAAAUAUCUUACCACGAUUCAUCAGCAACGAUCAUGAACAGGUGACGGGUCAAUCAUCUAUACGUAGGGAACGCACAGUAUUAUCCAUCAUUCUCCCUAGUGGCAAAGCAAAGCUCACAGAAGUUGGGCCCAGUGCGCCUGAACAAGAAGAAUCAAACGAAAACAUUAUACAAGCACAAUCAGUGGGCGCUCACGGAGUCAAGGGCACAAUAUCAACGGAUGAUUACGCAUAUUCACACACACUCAUAGCUCAAUAUCUUAUGAGAAGUAUUAAUUGGGUUCAACUGGAUGCCUACUUCAGGCGUAUCCCAGAACCGGCUCUGCCUUAUGCAUGGAUAGCAGCAGAAAAGGCAAAUCCAAACGAAUGUGUUAUUAUCGAUUUCCGAGAUUUUAUCUCCUUCAAGAUUAGAAUUUGA